GCUUCACGUAGCAGGCGUUUGCCAAUCAGUGACAUGAAGCUCAUUUUUCAUUUCCCAAGAACAUAGUUUACAGUUCCGGAAAAUGCUUCCUUCCAUUUUGCGAGUUUUGCAGAACACCGAUGGAUACGUCCCCAUGGAGUUCAUCUGCGAUUCGAUUCAGGGCAGCCAUUCGGAGACGGUUCCGGGACCAGCCAACAUGCCAGCGGAAGUUCGAAAGCAUUUGGAAAUUGCUCAGCAGUACGGCCUCGUCACGAACUCCGCAGAUGAAACAAAAAUACUACUUAAGCUGACGAAACCCGAGCCACCAAAUUUCGAGUUAAGAUUAGAAACUCUGAAGCGUGAAAUUGAAACGGAAAACCAACGACGGAAUACCUCGGACGAGCUGGUGGAAUCCACUGCCGGACCGUCGCAUAGCGUUGCUAACAGCAACGCUCACGAUUGUGGACCGGGUUGGCGUCGCAUGUCACCGGCCCAACGACGAGCUAUCGCCAUCAAUCAACGGAUGAAGGAGAUCACCCAGCGCAGGGCUCGAUCGCCAGGUAGAAAAUCUCGCUCCCCUUCACGAUCCCGGCCAAGAUCUCGAUCGCGGUCACGAUCACGGUCACGUCCGCGCAGGAAAUCACGAUCCAGAAGUCGUUAGGGAAUUUUGAAUCUGAUGGUUUAGAUGUUUUUUUUUCAGAUUUAAUUUAAAAAUUCUAGUUGCAAGGAAUAUGACUAUACUAACCCAUAAGUAGGAGUGCGUGUAUGUAAUAAAACUGAUCACAGUUAUUGAUAGAAUUCACUUUGUAUUUCAGCAGAUAAUAAAAUUUUGA